AUGGGUCGCACCGUCGACCAGGAAGUCCACGCCGCGUUUGUCGAGUUUCGCGCCAAGGAAGACGACAAGUGUCUCUCCGUGCAGUGCAUCUACUGCCAGCAGAUCCGAGCGAAGAACACCAGCCGGCAGAAGCAGCAUCUCCUCGAGUGCCCGGCCCUGCGCGGGCACAACAACCCGCACGCCCAGCCAGCGCCGCCGCCCCAGCACCAGCAGCAGCAGCAACAACAACAACAGCAACAGCAGCAACAACAGCAGCAGCAGCAGCCGCAGCAACAGCCCAACGGCGUCGGCGGAGCUGCCAAUGGCUACGGUGCGGCGCCAGGCGGGCCCCCGGGCGCUCCGGGCGCUCCAGGACCGGCCACCGCGACGCUGCCCUCGACCAACGGCGGGCUGAUGACGCCCGGAGUCAACCCCCAUGCCGCCGCUGCUGCUGCCGCCAGCGGGAUGCAGACGCCCAUGGCCAGCCUGCCGGGCCGUCCCUCGCUGCCCUCCCAGGCCGCUCCGCCGUCCGCUGCUGCUCCCGCCGCCGCCCCUGCGCGCGCCCACAGCACCCCCAAGGCCAAGCAGGCCCGCCAGAGCACCUCCAGCCUGCCUGCGCCGCCGCUCGACGACGUCCACGCUGCCUUUGUCGAGUUCCGCGCAAAGGAGGAGGAUAAGUGUCUCUCGGUGCAAUGUAUAUACUGCCAGCAGGUGCGGGCCAAAAACACCAGCCGCCAGCGCCAGCAUCUGCUCGAGUGCCCGACAUAUCUCAACGUCAUGAAGGAUUCCAUCCCGGCAAACAACCUGCAGCACACCUUUCCCGAGGGAGACAUUGCUCGCUCCCUGCAGCUGCCCGCGCCCACGCUCGAGCUGGACUUCCGCAUGAGCAUCAAGCUGAAUCCCUCCGUCUCCCUGGGACACAGCAUCUGGGGCCAGCGGGACUGGGUCACCUUUGUCGGCGGGCAGUGGGCCGGCAGAUGGGGCAAGGGAGUAGUCUUGCCCGGCGGUCAAGACUCCCAGGUGGUGGUCAAGGAGCUGGCCACCAGCAUGAAGUCGUCUUACCUCCUGCAGACCUCCGACGAACCGCCCGCUUUCAUCAUGGUCAAGGCAAACGGCUGGAUGACCGGCGCCAAGGAAGUGCUAGAAAAGGUCGCCGAUCCCACCGUCGCCGACUCCAUCAACCCAAACACCUACAAGUACCGCGUCAACAUCUCCAUGGAAACAGGCGACGAGCGGUACGCCUUUGUCAACACCAUCAUGUGGGUUGGCAGCGGCUGUCGUCGUGGCUCGGAAGUAAUGCUUCUGCUUGUAUGGAAAAUCGGUUAUACUUACAUCAUGGCCAGGGAAAUGUGGUGUUUUUCUUUUCUGUUCCCUCUUCUAUCCAACGUUAUAUACCUUAUGCCCGUCUCCAAAGUUGCCUGGCGCCUUGUCUCCUCUGCCUCCUCCCAACCCGCUAAUGCUUUGCCCUUUUUUUUUUUUUUUUUUUUCUUCUCUUUCUCUGUCUUCUUCUUUUAUGUUCUUUUUCUUCUCUUCUUGAUACCACUUUAUUGCACCUUUGUUAUUCCUCAAAGACCUUUUUUUUUUAUCUUGCUCUCCUUGCCUUUCCAUCUAACGUAUAAUGCUAAAAAUGCCACCCUCCUGCUUCCAUACCGUUACCAUAACGUCAAUACCUAG